UGCGCUCUGUACUGUAGCUGUCAUCAAUAAAAACAUAAAAAAGUAAACAAAUAAAUAAUAACCAUUGAUUGUUUUACGAAACCAUGCAAAAAGCUGAAGAUUAUGAAAAGGACAAGGAAUAUACACAUCUUUGACCUUUACUGGGAAGACAUAUUGGUUUCGAAAAUCAUGCCGUACCUUUCUCUUGAAGAAUGCUUCACCUUUCGCUGUGUUUCUCGAACAUGCCUAGAAAUUGUAAACAUGUAUUUGGCGAAGUUGAAAUCCUUGAAAAUGAUGAACAAAGUGUUUACACCAACCACAUUUGAAGUCCUCGUUUUAAACUGUACGAAGCUUAGACUGCUAAAUUUUAGCGUAUGUGAUACCAUCACCGAUACAGAGAUAAUGAGCAUACUAAGCCGGAAUCCAGGACUAAUCACUUUGAAUCUAAACUACUGCCAUACCCUGACUGCUAAAUGUCUGCAACCUGCAAUACUCUACUGUAACAAUUUAAGAGUUUUAAAGCUGGCAAGAUGCGCUUGGUUAACCACAGGUGCUAUGGAAGCUCUGGCACUCCAUCAAAGCAAGUUAGAAGAAGUGGAUAUCAGUUACUGUGUCAAUAUCUCGGAGGGAUGUGUGCUGAUCUUCAUAAAGAAGUUCAGACAGUUGAAAACUUUUAACUUGGAAGGCAAUCUGCAGAUUACAGACAAAUGCCUCUACACAAUAUCGAAGUAUAGUAACUGUUUGAGGCUAAUAAAUGUGUCUUCCUGUGAUAUUACCGAUAAAGGUGUCAUGGCCUUGGCGUUACAUUGCCAAAGUCUAGAAGGUCUAGUGGUACGGAGAUGUAUGAAAGUCACCGAGACAAGUUUGCGGCUAAUGAGAAACCGGGGAGUACGCUUCGUUAGAACAACGGCGCUGAGUCAUAUGCAGCCUGAACCACAGCUCUGUUCGACUCAACGACUGCAACGAUCUGUAUCAAAUAUGUGUACACAUACAGAAAUAGCAUCCGGGAAAUAUUCCCGCGGGAUGCAAUAAUAAACACCUGUGCACGGCUUUAAAGAGAUAACUGGCUUCCUCUAGAGCCAGCAUGCACGCCGAGAGAUAAUUAUGUCUACCAUUUUCUCGAACUACUUCUAUGUCAUAAGUCGAGUAAAUGUGUAGACAUAAUUAACUAGAACACGCCCUACUAGAUCUACUACUAGACGAGCAUAGGAGAUCUUUUAUCGCGAAAAAACUACGAAAGCAGACUGUCGCAGACAAAAGCUAGUAUCUAGUAAAUAUGCAGUAAGUUAUGUUGAGAAUACUGUUUUAAGUUAAUAACUUUAUAUUGUAUAAUGGAAAGUAUGUGACGUCACACAUACGGUUUACAUAAAUCUCAUAACUAAGCUAAAGUUAUUUAUAAGCUUAGAAAUAGUGCUAAACUCUGUCACCGGAAACAUUAGUUCAGCGCUUCUUCUAUAGAUCUUACUACCCUCGCUUGAAAACAGUGUUAUUAUAAUAUUGUUCUUUUAUUACAGAAUUAUAAUCCUUAUUUAUAGGUUGUCAAAGAAACUGACUUUUUAAACUAAUAUUGUUUUAAGUGAUGGUAGAUCAGUUUAGUUUACAGUGACCUAAGUGUGAGAUUUUCACGCUUGCAAACGUAAAUUCAAAAAUUUUGAAUUUUACCGCAAAAUGGACCUUAUAGACACUGUAGUUGGAGUCGAAAAUUCUUAAGUCUUGUUUUAAAAAAUGUUCUGCCGAAAGUACCAGCUGAAGUAUUGUUGGCAAAUUUGAGUUAUGAAUUGAUAGCUAUAAGAUCCAUUUUACUUUAACAUUUCCACUUUCCGAUACUCAAAACGACUCUAUAAUUAUUGUGAGCGAACAAAUCUCGUACUAAGGCCACAGAUUUGUGCACAAGGGCAAUACAAAAAAAGCAGCUAAGACAAAAGGCUGUGCGAUAUUAUGUUACAAAUUUAUUAAUUAGAAUUCCGCAGAUGAAAAUCCUGAAUCCUGAUAAAUAAAUAAUAACUAAGUCGCUGUUUACUUAUUUAUUUGAAGUCGAUUUAUUUUUAUGUAAUGAGAAAUAAAUGGUUUCUUAUUAUUUAUUUAUUAUUUUUUUGUGAGUAAUUAAUAUGAACUAUCAAGACAAGACCUACCUCUUACCUUGUUGGUUUAUUAAAACGACCAAGAUAUCAGUAAUAAUAUAUGAUUGUUUUAAGAAAA